GAUGCCGAGGUCGAAAGAGCGAGCUCAUUCUUCCACCAAAUCGCCCACGUCGCCUUCUGAGAUGCCAACUGAGAUCCUCAUUGUGGGUGCUGGUGCUAUCGGCGCAUUUUAUGCAUCACGUCUGGCUCUGAUACCAGAUGUGAAUGUAGCUGUCAUAUGCCGCUCGAAUUAUGCGGCUGUGAAAGAGCAUGGUUUCGAGGUUACCUCACCGCAGUAUGGUGAUUAUACAUAUACGCCAUCUCACACGUUUGCAAAUCCAGAUGAAGCACGGAGCAGUGGAAUAAAGUGGGACUUUGUGGUUGUCAGCACGAAGGCUCUCCCCGACGUCAGCGAUGACUCUGCUAUACUUGAAGGCUUGGUGUACGAGAAGACUGCCAUUGUAUUGAUUCAGAACGGACUGGGUGUCGAAGAUCCAUAUACUAAAAGGUUCCCUGGAGCUGCAGUACUCAGCGCAGUCACCAUCGCCAGCUGCGCACAGACAAGUCCGGGGCACAUCAAGCACAAUCGUUGGACGCGCAUCAAUAGCGGGCCGUACUUACCUCAUCUCGACACUGGAAGCCCGAGAAGCUCGGACACGACAACCAUCGAAAAGAAUAAUGCGUUCAUUGGGCUCUUGAAAGAGGGCGGUAUCAAGGAUGCCGAAGCGUACGACCAUGCCAAAUUGCAACUUGUGCGUUGGCACAAGAUUGCCAUCAACGCCUCCAUGAACCCUUCGUCUGUUCUCAGUGGCGGCAUUUCCAACAAUAAAAUGUCGCUCGAUUCGGAACUUUCGAUUCAUCUCAAGGGCGUCAUGGAGGAAGUUCUUGCCACUGCACCCAAGGUUUUGGGAAAGCCGCUGCCGUCAGAAUUCGCAUCUCCCGAACAAAUUUUGCGCAGCACACAGAAAAACACCAGUGGAAGUAAGCCUUCUAUGGCACUGGACUGGGAGCAAGGCAAGACAAUGGAGCUGGAAGUUAUUCUUGGAAAUCCAAUCAGGAUAGCAAGAGAAAGAGGAUUUGAGAUGCCUAGAUUGCAGACCUUGUAUGCGCUCUUGCGCAUGGCUCAGGAUAUGAGAAAUCAGGCGAAAUCCAAGAGCGCACUGUAG